AUGGAUUCAGAUUGUGGAAGAAAAGGCAGGCAAUUGUCGCCGGAGUUGGGUGGCGGCGGCGAUUACCACUACCACCACCUGAACCCUAACCAGAGGCAUUUGUUCUUCAACCACCACCUCCUGAAAGUGGUGGUGAUGUGCGCUAUGGUCACGCUGACGUCAUUUAUGCUUUAUCAAGCUUCUGAGAGCCCUUUCCAGAUUUUGCGACGAUCGAUUUACUCUUCCUUCUCCUUUUCUUCUCAUGCAUACCAUUCUGUCUGCAAUUCAUCAUCUAGAAAUUACAAUGAGGAGCUAUGCUUGAUACGAGUGUUGGAAAAAUCAGCAAUGGCAGACAAAACAGUGAUCAUAACAGCCCUAAACGAAGCGUGGAUAGAACCCGAUUCGAUCUUCGAUCUUUUUCUCGAGAGCUUCAAAAUCGGAAACCAAACAAAUUUCCUUAUUAAACAUUUAUUAGUUGUCACUCUAGACCAAAAGGCAUUUCGCCACUGCCAAGUAGUUUUAAAACUCAACUGCUAUUUCCUCAAAACCGAAGGCGUAAACUUCUCCGUUGAGGCUCAUUUCAUGACCCAAGAUUACUUGAAGAUGAUGUGGCGAAGAAUGGAUUUCCUACGAUAUGUUCUUGAGCUCGGAUACAAUUUCGUUUUCACGGAUGCAGAUAUAAUGUGGUUUAGAAAUCCAUUCCCACAUUUCUACUCAGAUACAAACUUCCAAAUUUCAUGUGACAGAUUCUGGGGCAACCCUAUAGACUUGGACAAUUCACCCAACGGAGGUUUUAACUACGUUAAGUCGACCAAUCAGACGAUUGCGUUCUACAAAUUCUGGUACGAGUCGAGGGAAUUGUACCCGGGAAUCCACGAUCAAGACGUGCUUAACAUGAUUAAGCACAGUCCGGUGAUUAAGGAGAUUGGAUUAGAGAUUAAGUUUCUUGACACAGCUUAUUUCGGAGGGUUUUGUCAGCCUAAAGAAUUGGAUUCGGUUUGCACAAUGCAUGCAAAUUGUUGUGCUGGUUUGGAUAAUAAAAUUCAUGACAUUAAAAUAUUGCUCGAUGAUUGGAGAUAUUAUUUGUCUUUGCCGGAGGAUGUAAGAAAAAAUCGACCGCCUUCGUGGUCCGUUCCACAAAGUUGCGGCCCUGCUUCGUUUGGUCAGCAUACACCAAGAAAGAAGAAUGUUGAUGCAAGGAAAAUUUUAGCUAUGUUUUCUGGGGUAAAUUACGGUCACACGUCCACACCUGCGGUGUCAAAUUCAGUGGAAUUUUUUAGGAAUCUAAAGUCAAGAAAGUCUAUUCUAUUACAUUACUCUGUUUACAUCAUGGAUUUAGAUGGUGGUGGAAGUGUUGUUAUAGGCGGCAAAAUGCCGCCGGAGAACGGCGGUAACCACCAUCUGAACACCAAUAAGAACCGCUUCUUCUUCUUCCGCCGCGUCCGUAGAGUGGUGCUACUGUUCACUAUGGUUGCACUAACGUGCGUCGUCGUUUAUCAAGCUGAUGCAAGCCCUUUUCGGUUUUUCCCGAAAUCGAUUUAUUCAUUCUCCUUGUCUCGUGCAAACAAUUCAACUCAAGUAAGUGAAGAGCUAGGGUUGGAGCAAGUAUUGAAAAGGGCAGCCAUGAGUGACAAAACGGUAAUUAUAACGACCCUAAACGAAGCAUGGAUAGAACCGGAUUCGAUAUUCGAUCUCUUCCUCGAGAGCUUUAAAAUCGGGAACGACACACUUUGGCUUCUUAAGCAUUUGGUGGUUGUUUGUCUCGACCGAAAGGCGUUCGAUUACUGCCUAAGGACACAUUUCAACUGCUAUUUUCUAACUACAAAAGGUGUCGACUUUGCCGGUGAGGCGCAUUUCAUGACCCCGGAUUAUUUGUUGAUGAUGUGGCGAAGGAUUGACUUUCUUCGAAAUGUUCUCGAGAUCGGAUACAAUUUCGUUUUCACGGACGCGGAUAUAAUGUGGUUACGAAACCCAUUCCCGCAUUUUUACUCAGACACAAACUUUCAAAUAUCGUGCGACAACUUCAAAGGCGACCCCUCCGACGUGAACAAUGCACCAAACGGAGGGUUCAACUACGCGAAAUCGAGCAAUCAGACGAUCGAGUUCUACAAAUUCUGGUACAAUGCAAGGGAGUCUUAUCCGAGAAAACACGAUCAAGACGUACUUGACAAGAUUAAGUACGACCCCUUAAUCAAGGAGACGAUCGGGCUAGAGAUUAAGUUUCUCGACACGGCUUAUUUCGGAGGCUUUUGUCAACCGAGCAAAGACUUGAAUUUAGUUUGCACAAUGCAUGCAAACUGCUGUGCCGGUUUGGAUAAUAAAAUCCACGAUCUCAAAAUACUUCUUCGGGACUGGAGAAACUAUCUGUCUUUGCCGGAAAAUGUAAGAAAAUCUCGGCCACCUGUAUGGUCUGUUCCACAAAGCUGCGGUCCGCGGUCGUUUCAUCAGCAUACUCCGAGGAAGAAGAAUGGCAACACGAGGAAAUAAGAAUGAGUGAUCGAUGUCGAUUAUGGAAACAUUUAUUUUUUAUUUUUUAUAAUUAUUUGUUUUAAUUAUUAAAUCCCCUACUUAAUCAUGAUAUUAAUGUAUUAUGAUGUACAAGUUUAUGAAGUUUCAAAUUUGUAUUUGAUUGACAUAUUAUCUUUGAUGUUCAGUGGUCUAAAGAUGAAUUUCUUUAUUUAUUUACUCCCACAAUAAUUACUGGGUUUUCGGGUUUCGGGUUCGGGUCCA